AUGGACACAUGCUCGGUAACUAAGUCUUCCGCUUUGGCGCGUUCAGACGAUCAUAAGCGGAGGAGGCCCUCAAAGUCGGACAUCGGUUUCGCCAAAAGACCUAGGCUGGAGGAAUGUGUUCCGCAACUCUCAUUCCUGUCACUACCGCCCGAGAUCAGGAAUACGAUUUAUCGUCAUCUCGGGCUUUUCAAAAUUCACAAUAUCAGAAUCGUGGGGAGAGGCAUCAACGUUCAUUAUGAGCCCACUUUCAACUUCCAACUGCAGAGACAUAGGUUUCGGGGGGCUCUACAUCCGCGGUGUACCACCAAGUUCGAUACGGCAAUCGCAUCAACGUGUAUACUGAUACAUCAAGAAACCAGAGCCUUACUAUACGGGAGAUUAUUCUUCCUCCCCAGAAUGGAAGAUGCCGCUUCGUGGCUGCUGAAUAUUGGCCCACAAAACAGAGCCUUGUUACGAGGCAUACGCCUGACGACCCGCGUCAAAGACACCCACCCAGCGUGCUCCUACGACUACGUUGCUACGGAUCGUGAUCGAUACAGACAGGUAUCAAAGCUCGUAUCCGGUCUAAUGGCCAAUUCAUCAGAGCUCGAAUGCCUGGGCUUCCAAUAUCUAUUCAAUCCUAGCAACCCACCCAUUCUUUCCCACGCGCGCGAGGAGUGGAUCAAUAAGGCGUACAGAAUAGCUGAAGAGCUCUACGUGGAUUUCCAGUCCUUCUUUGCGGAAGCCCUUGCCCGCGGGAGGAGACCCUCACAAAUGUGCGACAUUGUCCACAUCAACUGGGAGAUCUUCCAGGACAGAGAGUGGAUGUCGUUGGAAACUGAGGACAACCGCUUGGAGGAUAGCCAGACCAUUGAUGCAAUCAAUGCGUCAUCCUUCUCCGAGCUCUUCUUCGCUUUCCAGCAUCAAAGUUGGGAUGAACAUUUGCAGGUAUUUGGAACAGAGCACGGCUAUGUCCUGCGAAGCUGGUCAGAGAUCAGUCCCACAUCGCAAUCCCACCAGAAAUCUCAGACGAAGGGGUUCGAGAAGAACUACAUCAAACACACAAAGCUUGAAGGAGGGAUGAGAGGCUUCAACUUCCCAGAUGAGUCGCGUCACAUGAACAGUGUACAUGGAUGUCGCAAGUUUAUCCAAAGAAGGCUUAAGACUAGAAUGACGCGCGAAAGCAUAAACUCGAACUACUGA